AUGGCAGAUUUUUCUCAAUAUGGUGGCGUUGCAGCGGAGUGGGAGUUGCUGGUAGAGUCACAGCCACAAGUUGAAUUGCCUGCAGAUAUUACACCCAUCGAGCUUCAAAGACUUACCAACGAAACCCGGGCACUAGCGGCUCAGAAAUUGGUCCAAGGAGUCGAGAAAUACACUAAUCCAACCGCAACCAAAGACGAUGUCGUGAAGGAGGAUUUCGAUAUACAGGUCGAUUCGGAUCAUGUCAUUACUCUACGUGUUUACAAACGAAAGGCAACUGACAGCACUCCGGGAAAGCGUCCUGUCUAUGUUUGGUUCCACGGCGGGGGCUUCUUGUUCGGGACUUUCGAUGGAGAAGAUGGCCAUGCAUUCAAUGUGGUGAAGAACCUAGACAUUGUCGUUGUCCACGUCUGCUAUCGUCACACUCCAGAGAUCGCGUGGCCAACACCACGUGAAGAUGCCCUGGUCGGUCUGGACUGGGUAUUCGAGCACAUUGACGCCUUGGGCGGGGAUCCCGACAAAGUGUUGGUGGCAGGAAGAUCAGCGGGCGGUCUCCUCAGUGCCAUUGUGGCACUACAAGACCGCGAGAAGCACGAUAAGAACCGGGUCAGGGGUCAGAUUCUGGAUAUCCCAGUUCUUUCCCAUUCGGCAAACUUCCCAGUGGAUCUCAUACUACCUGGCAAAGGGUCCUACGAAGAGAAUCGCUUCGCACCUCUCUUACCGACCGCGCGCUUGGAUCUGUUCGAGUCCCUCCUUGGCGAGGAGGCCAAGGCGGACCGGUUGUACAAUAUUCUUCUGGAGCCAGACGAGAAUCUGCGAGGCUCACCACCAACGCACUUCCAUAUCGCGGGCCGAGACAUUCUUCGAGAUCAGUCAUUUUUAUUCAUGGCUAAACUACAGCGACUUGGGGUGUCCACCUCCUUCAAUGUCUACCAGGGCGUACCGCACGGCUUCAGGAGAUAUGGCGAACUGGAGGCCAGUAAGCGGUGGGAUAGAGAUCAUUUUGACGCCAUAAGGAACAUCCUGGGCCCUUAG